AUGGACGCUCCACGCAGCACCGGAGGCUCCUCCAAGGACCCCGAGGUCAACGGCCACGGUCCUAGCGCAGCUGGCUUCCGUGCUCAGGCCAACAUGACCACCGUCGUUCAGCCUCCUCGCGAGGAGGACCUGCAAAGGAGCUAUGCUAGCAUCGUCGGCAAUGAUGCGAACCCCAAGGGCUGGUACGGCAGCAUGCUCAACGGCCUCGGCGCUAUUAUUGGAACCAUGGGAGCCGUUCCUUGCUGUGUCUGCUGCCCCAACCCAUUCAAGAAUGUCAACCAGGGUAACGUUGGUCUGGUGACCAAAUUUGGAAAGUUCUACAAGGCAGUCGACCCUGGCCUGGUCAAAGUCAAUCCUCUCAGCGAGCGCCUGAUCCAGGUCGAUGUCAAGAUUCAGAUUGUCGAGGUUCCCAAGCAAGUCUGCAUGACAAAGGACAACGUUACAGUUAACCUCACCUCAGUUAUUUACUACCACAUCAUCAGCCCCCAUAAGGCUGCUUUCGGUAUUACAAACGUGCGACAGGCCCUGAUUGAGCGUACCCAGACGACACUACGACAUGUUGUCGGUGCCCGCAUCCUCCAGGACGUCAUUGAGCGUCGUGAGGAGAUUGCCCAGUCCAUUGGUGAAAUCAUUGAGGAUGUUGCCACAGGCUGGGGUGUCCAGGUCGAGAGCAUGCUCAUCAAGGAUAUUGUUUUCAGCCAGGAGCUCCAGGAGUCUCUGUCCAUGGCCGCCCAGAGCAAGCGUAUUGGAGAGUCCAAGAUUAUUGCUGCCAAGGCUGAGGUCGAGAGUGCCAAGCUGAUGCGUCAAGCCGCCGAUAUUCUUUCAUCAGCACCCGCUAUGCAGAUCCGCUACCUCGAGGCCAUGCAAGCCAUGGCCAAGUCGGCCAACAGCAAGGUCAUCUUUUUGCCCGCCGCCAACCAGACGAUGCCGAACCAGCAGUCGCUGUUCAAUGCCGCGAUGGCCGACUCCAAGCCGAUCGAGGGUGGAGAGCCGAGUGGGAACUUCAAGGACUUUGGAGGUCAGGACUCCAGUUUUCAACAAGCCAUGAAUGCUCGGGUUGUUGAGAACAUCUAA